GCGACGCGCGCAGGGCGGAGACUCCCCGCCGCGCGGGAGCCGCAGGGGUGCCCGGCCUCCGCGGGAGCGAUGGCGGAGGAAGAAGGAUCAGCUAUAGAACUGCGCCAAAGAAAAAAGCCAGAAUCUUCAGAAAAUAAAGAAUCUGCCAAAGAAGAGAAAAUCCAUGACACUCCAGUUCCUGAAAGAGCUCCAAAACAUGUAUUAUUUCAGCGCUUUGCAAAGAUUUUCAUUGGCUGUCUUGCAGCAGUUACUAGCGGUAUGAUGUAUGCUCUCUAUUUGUCAGCAUACCAUGAGCGGAAAUUCUGGUUUUCCAACAGGCAGGAGCUUGAACGAGAAAUCACAUUCCAGGGUGACAGUGCCAUUUAUUACUCUUAUUAUAAAGAUAUGUUAAAGGCACCUUCAUUUGAAAGAGGUAUUUACGAACUGACACAUAAUAACAAAACUGUAUCUCUGAAGACUAUAAAUGCAGUGCAACAAAUGUAUCUAUAUCCAGAACUUAUAGCCAGUGUUUCAUAUCAAGCAACUGGUAGCAACGAGAUUAUUGAGCCAGUAUAUUUCUAUAUUGGUAUUGUUUUUGGAUUGCAAGGAAUAUAUGUUACUGCUUUAUUUGUUACAAGUUGGCUUAUGAGUGGAACCUGGCUAGCAGGAAUGCUUACUGUUGCGUGGUUCAUUAUUAACAGGGUGGAUACAACAAGAAUUGAACACUCCAUUCCUUUAAGAGAAAACUGGGCACUACCAUAUUUUGCAUGCCAAAUCGCUGCACUUACCGGCUAUUUAAAAAGCAACUUAAAUACUUAUGGAGAGAGGUUUUGCUACUUAUUGAUGAGUGCUUCAACUUACAUGUUUGUGAUGAUGUGGGAGUACAGCCACUACCUCUUGUUUCUUCAAGCAACAUCUCUGUUCUUGCUAGAUAAUUUUUCACUGGAGCAAAGUGACAAGGUUCAUGAAGUUUAUAAAAUCUAUAUAUUUUCUCUGUUUCUGGGAUAUUUACUGCAGUUUGAGAAUUCAGCUUUAUUGGUGUCGCCUUUAUUAAGUUUAGUAGUCGUCUUAAUGCUUGUUAAGUGCCUUCAGCUAAUUGCGAAGAAAAGAACUUUUGUAGCUAAAAUAAUGAAAGUUAUUAAUUUUUAUUUGGUGUGUACUCUGACAGUGACAUUGAAUAUUAUAAUGAAGACGUUUGUCCCACACAAAGAUAAUGGGCACAUGCUGAAAUUCCUUGAAGUGAAACUUGGACUAAAUAUGACUAAGAAUUUCACAAUGAAUUGGCUCCUAUGUCAAGAAUCCCUACAGGCACCAUCUCAGGAAUUUUUUUUGCGAUUGACACAGUCUUCUUUACUGCCUUUCUAUAUUUUAGUGUUAAUUAUUUGUUUUCUUUCUAUGAUGCAAGUUAUUUUUAGGAGAAUUAAUGGUGAGUCCCUGGGAGAAACUGUUACUCUUGAAGAUGGACGAAUUGGAGAAAGGCCAGAAAUAAUUUAUCAUGUGAUUCACACUAUUUUUUUUGGUUCUCUUGCAAUGAUUAUAGAAGGCUUGAAAUACCUCUGGACUCCUUAUGUAUGCAUGUUAGCAGCAUUUGGUGUAUGUUCUCCUGAACUUUGGACGACACUUUUCAAGUGGCUUCGAUUACGAACUGUACACCCAGUGUUGUUGGCUCUUAUUCUGAGUAUGGCUGUGCCCACUAUAAUAGGUAUCAGCUUAUGGAAGGAGUUUUUUCCAAGAUUAAUGACAGAAUUAACUGAACUACAAGAAUUCUAUGACCCAGAUACAGUGGAACUUAUGACCUGGAUAAAAAGGCAGGCUCCAGUUGCAGCUGUGUUUGCAGGGAGUCCACAGUUAAUGGGUGCGAUUAAAUUAUGCACUGGAUGGAUGGUGACAAGCUUGCCUCUUUACAAUGAUGAUGAUCUUCUCAAGAGAAAUGAAAAUAUCUAUCAAAUCUAUUCAAAGCGAUCUGCUGAGGAUAUUUAUAAAAUACUGACAUCUUACAAAGCUAAUUACCUAAUUGUAGAGGAUGCUAUCUGCAAUGAGGUGGGAACCAUGCGAGGCUGUAGGGUUAAAGAUUUAUUAGAUAUUGCAAAUGGCCAUGUGGUUUGUGAAGAGGGUGACAAGUUAACCUACUCAAAAUAUGGGCGAUUUUGUCAUGAGGUCAAAAUUAACUAUUCUCCAUAUGUGAAUUAUUUCACUAGAGUGUAUUGGAACAGAUCUUACUUUGUAUAUAAAAUCAACACUGUGAUAUCCUUUCAGUCUUGAAAAUAGCAGAGACUUAUUCCAUCCGAAGUAAAUGUUAAUUUUCUUCUACAAUGGGGUGUCCUUUUGGAAAUCAGAGUAUGGACAUUUGAAGUGUUGCUGCUGCUUUUCCUCUCCUGCCGUUAACUGGACCCAAAGUAUGUGGGGAAUAGAAGAUUAAGCAUCACUGGCCUUCGGUAAAAUGUUAAAUCUUACCCCUCUGCAGUAUUCCAGCCAGCGAUUCUUCUUACUGUUACAUGGUCUUUAAAGAUUUCACCUUCCAAACUAUUAUAAAAAUUUCCUCAGAAAUCUUUAUUUUAUCAUAACAUUUAUCUUGAAUUUGAAUAUAUUCAAGGUCUGAGUAUAGUUCUCAAACGUAACAUUUAAUAUGUACUUAAUAUGAUAUAAUUAUAGAAUAGAAGAAGAGAAUUAUUCUUACAUUCAAGGCAGUUUCUAAAGGUGUUUUAUGCUUUAUAAUAGGACUGAAAUAUUACAAUAAAAAGCUAACGUAAAUGUUAGCUGAAAAUAUGUGGCACUUAAAUUAAAAUGGAAAUGGCAUAAAGGAAAGUGAUUUUUAAGGAUAUAUAUAUAUAAAGAUAUAUCCAGAUUUUCCAUGAUACUGCUCUCAUCUGCUACUUAUCUAAGUGAGCACUUUCUUAGUAAUUUACAUAGUGCAUGAUAUUGCAUUUUAUUACUUUAUGACUUUUAAGUGGUUAGCUUUUGUCACUUAUGCUCAUAAACUUAAUAUGAAUUUGUUAUAUAGUAACUUGUUAAAUAGUUACUUGAUAAAUAGUAACUCUUUUUUUUUUUAAAUAUAUUUUAUUGAUUUUUUACAGAGAGGAAGGGAGAGAGAUAGAGAGCUAGAAACAUCUAUGAGAGAGAAACAUCGACCAGCUGCCUCCUGCACACCCCCCACCGGGGAUGUGCCCGCAACCAAUGUACAUGUCCUUGACCGGAAUCGAACCUGGGACCCUUUGGUUCGCAGACCGACGCUCUAUCCACUGAGCCAAACCGGUGUUGGCAAUAGUAACUCUUUUUACCUACAUAUUUUUUUAAAAAGACAUUUAUAAGAAUGUUGAUCAGGUUUUUAAAAAAUACAAAUAUGGUAUUUAUAACCUAUUCACAUGUUUUGUACUAAAAUAUUAGGUAAAAAAUUGUUAUCAGAAUAAAAAUAUGUACACUAAAACGAGCUACAGUUUCUGGAGAUAUGUGCAGAUGCUGUUACAUAUACCUCUGUUUACAGAUGGGCGUAUUAUAAAACUAAAGUGCUAUUAUUUGUGAAACCGUGAGGCAGUCUUCAACAUUAAGAACAAAAUGACAAUUGUAAAAUUCACAGCUCUUAGUUUCCCUAAGUUAAAUUUUUUUUGUGUGUGUGCCGUGACUCGGAUUAAAUAUUUUCAUAUUUUAAUCAUUUAUUAAAAGAAAAUCUAAAAUGACUUAUUUGGCUAGGAUGGGAUGUAUGGUUAUUUUUAUCUUGUAUAUCUGUUUAGUGACCAGGUUUUCAAAGUGCUGUAAAAAUUACAGAUUCACUACUCUACAUUGAAAGGGAGCAUCUUUCUAUUAUCUUUAUUUUCUGUAAUAUAUUUUAAAAGUACCAAGGCACAUUCAUGCUUAGACUAGCUCUAGGGUGCUUUGCUCUUUUGGAGCUUAAGAAUUGUUUGAUGGCUGUGUCAUAUCUGGUGCAUUAAUUUUAUUAGUUCUCAUGCUUUUAUGUAAUUUUUAACAAAGUUAGCUGUAGGCAGGGUAUUUCAGGUUCUCUAUACAUCUUAAUAGAGAGUCACUAAUAUUUAGCUUCAAGCCUUAUAAAACUAUUUCCAUAGUUAACCUAAUUACGUAGAACAUGUAAAACAUUGUGAUUUAAAAGUCAGCUUGCAUGUUUUGAAAGGGAAAUAGAGCAGCCUAUUUUCUAUGCAGCAUGAAAUAUUUAAUUGAAUUUUUAUUGAUUUACAUUAUGAUCAAAUAUGCAGAAUUAGUUCGGUGUGUUUUUGUUGUUUUAUUUUUGUUUGUGGCAUAUUAGUAAGUUGCUUUUGCUUCUGUCAACUUAUUUCUUAAAUAAAACAGAUUUGGAGAAAUUUUUAAUUGAA